ACGAAGCGUACAGAUAAGAUACGAAACCCUAAGAGAGCAUCGUCUUCUUCCUCUUCAAUUCUUAGGCUGAACCGAGGCAUAAGCGGCGCAUCUGAAUCCCAAAACGAGAGACGAUGACGAUCGAUUCGCAGCAGAAAACGAGCAAGUUCCGAUGGGGGGAGAUGGACGAAGACGACGAUCUGGAUUUCCUGCUCUCCAAGCAGGUGAUUGGCCCGGAUGAGAACGGUCUGAAGACAACUAUAGAGUACAAGUUCAAUGAUGAAGGAAACAAGGUCAAGAUAACGACUAGGUCACGUGUCCGGAAGCUAGCUUCGGCGAGGCUCAACAAACGAGCCAUGGAGCGAAGGAACUGGCCGAAGUUUGGUGACGCAGCCAAUGAGGAGGCUGGUAGCCAUCUCACAAUGGUUUCAACCGAAGAGAUUCUUCUAGAACGACCCAGAGCUCCUGGUACCAAAGCGGAUGAUUCAAAGGCAACAGGAGACGGCUUGUCUCAGCUGGGUAAAGGUGCAGUUCUCAUGGUGUGCAGGAUAUGCCACAAGAAAGGAGAUCACUGGACAUCAAAAUGCCCUUACAAGGAUCUUGCUGCACCAACUGAUGCCUUCAUUGACAAACCACCCACAGGGGAAUCAUCUACCGUAUCCGCUGCACCUGGAACUGGCAAGGCUGCAUAUGUCCCUCCUAGCAUGCGAGCAGGUGCAGACAGAAGCGCUGUUGGUUCAGACAUGAGGAGGAGGAACGAUGAGAACUCUGUGCGUGUAACCAACUUGUCGGAAGAUACCCGUGAACCAGACUUGAUGGAGCUAUUCCAUCCGUUUGGAGCUGUCACACGUGUCUACGUGGCCAUUGAUCAGAAAACUGGAGUGAGCAGAGGAUUUGGUUUCGUCAACUUCCAGAGCAGAGAUGACGCUCAACGAGCAAUCAACAAAUUGAACGGUUAUGGUUAUGAUAACCUCAUCCUCAGGGUUGAAUGGGCUACUCCAAGACCAACCUAGAAAGAAAUGUCUGAUGAGACCUUAAAACUCUUCUCAUUCUCGUCUUUCCUGUUAUGGAUUUUUUUCUAUCGACCAUUUUGUUUGUUGGUUUGGUUAUAUGCGAAUAGAUGAGAAGUUGUUCAACCUCUCUUUAAUACAUAAGGCUUUGUUAUUUACUAAUUUAAGGUUUUAUUCAGUUUCA